UCUCGAUGGCUGGAGGCGAGGCUGCUUGUAUACACACAGAGUAUUGUGUAGUACAUGUACAUGUACUCAAGCCUUGUAUUGUCCUCCAUUUAGCAAUGUUUAUGCUUGAAAAUGCUUUAUUUAUACCACGGGUACAUCAAACCGGAAUGUUUUUGACCCAUGAUAGGCCGUCAACAACAGAAUUCCUUGCUUCCUGUAAAGCUGUGAUAUGGUGACGGAAUGAGAAUGGAACUUGGAUUGCCAUAACAUAAAGAAGAAGUCCAAAUAUUGAUACUAUGGAUACCAGGAUGGUAUCCGUACUUGUGUAGUUUUAUGUUCACAAAUACUCUGUGUGUGUACCUCUGAGUUUAUUAGUGGUAGUGACAGGGCUACAGCCACCUCGCCGGCCAUCUAGGUAUCAACUUGUUCCCACCCUAUCAACAUGGAUGAAACAUUCCUGGCUACGCCACCGAUCGGAGGUGUGGCAGCAGCAUUCCGGUUGGCAUUGAGCCCUCCGACCAGUUCAGAUGAGUCAUGUUCCGUGCAGGCUUGUCGUCUUCAUCAGAGUAGCAAAGCCGGACCAAACUAACGAGUUUAUCAAGUCGGAGUCUGGUCGUUGCUUCAUUGGUUGCCAGGACAUAUUAUGUUGUUGCGUUGGAGUGGAGUGUAAAGGCGGAGUCUCUCCAGGGUGGACUUUGGACGAGACCUCAGGGUUAAUAACUGGCUAAACAAAUCCAGGACUUGUUGAUUUUCGUGCGACAGAUCCACCCCGGCACAUGAAUGAAUCUUCUUUCUGGAUGACUUCAACUCAGCUGAAACAAAAGUGAGCGAGUGCUGAUGGUUUUGAGCUUACGUCAACGUUGAGUUACUUCAUCCAAGCUCUAGCCAUCUAGUCAUGCUGGGAAACAAUACAGCGCUUCUUCAAGGAGACCCAAACACCACAUGACAGAUGUUUAGGAAAAGCUUCACUCUUGGGAACUAUGUUUCUUUUACCAAGCUCCUUUUGGCUUCUUCUGCUGGCUUUUCAGAAGUCAGCUUGCACUUUGGAUGGAUAUGCUUCCGCACAAGUCACCUGCUCCCAGGGUUUGUCCAAGUGUUUGGUGAUGGAUGAGACGCCGCUACACAUCCCGGAGAGCCACGAUGACGUGGAUGUGCUGAAGCUCACGGCUAAAGUGGACGUGUGCUGCCGGGAUGGUGCACGGUGCACGUUAUGCCUGCUCAUAGACGUUCACCUCCGUGUCGGUGAGGGAGAAGACAUGGAUGAAGAUCUCAACCACCAGGAGGCCAAGCCUUCAUCAGAGUCUGUUGUCUUGUGUUACAAAACGCCAGCCACCUUCCCGGCGUGCAAGCGGGUGGACUUCACAGUCGAACAUGUGGCUCCUUUACAGAAUGAGGCAAAGGUGACCUUGGUGAUCUGGAAACCGGCUGGGGUUUUCUUCAGCAGCCUCGUGCACGUCUACUCCUCAGAAUCAACGCCUCCCAUCAAAGUGGUGGUGGAGGCUCCUUCUCUAACGGAAGUCUGCUCCCAAAACCUGCAGCAACACGUUGAAGAGUGUCACGUUCCCGCCGUCAGCAGCGUCAUGAACCCCGAAAUGAAUGAGGUGGAGCUGAAGUUGGUCGGAGGGAACGGGGUGACGCCCCCUUUCAUGUGCAUCCAGUAUGAGAGUGAUGGAAGAUGUCAGAUUUGGAAGAGGAAAACCAUCCCGUUGCACUAUGUCGCCCCCUGCUUGUGUCUCCAGGUUUGGCAUGAGGACCACGAGUGGAGGCCAAGGCGCUUUCAAAGCUGCCCCUUCAAAAACCAGCGGUUCCUGCUGACUAACAUGUGGCGCAACCUGUCAGCCUCUGUGGCCCCGGCCCACAUGAAGGAGCAGGGCCAAAUGCUGCUGUGGAACGUUUCUUCCCCCUGCAGGCUGCAGGGGGAAGUGUGGCCGUGUCGCCGGACGUGGAGGCACGGGUGCACGGAGAUUGAAGGCUUUCGGCAGCUGCUGGACAACACAACAUGGAGGCAAAGCCCCCAAGGACACUGGGUGAAAACGGGGGUGUUUACAGACGUGGACCUGCAGCUAUCGCCAUGCAUGAUGAUGACAGUGGGGAGUGAAGGUCUUCGCCUGGGCCCCUUUUGCUACGGCGGCUCCGCUAGGUGGCGCUGGAGUUUGCUGGUCGUGGCUGCGUUGCUGCUGGCUUCCGUGGCGGUGCUGAUGGUUUGUCUGCUGCGUGGCUUUGUCAAGGAAUGGGCGAGCACAUCUCUCCAUGGAGGUUUUGCAGUCUUGCCCUCAAAUUUUCAAGUUGAAGUAAGCCCUCACGUAGUCCUCCUGAGUCCUCCAGAUGUUCCCGAGAGUGUUUCCGAGGCCGUGUGCGGUCUGGGUACUGUGCUCAUGGAGCAGAAGUUUAGCGUGUGCGUGGACCAGUGGAGCAGGAAGGAGCAGUGCAGCCUGGGACCCGUGCCGUGGCUUCACUCCCAGCUGCUACGCUGCAAGAACCCGGGUGGCCAAGUGGUGCUCAUUUUGACUCCGAGAGCCGUGGAACUCGCACACGAGUGGAGUCGGCAGCGUCAUGAGACUCCGACUGCGAAGUCAGAAGACGGGGAUGCGCCUCGGAUGCAGUCCCCGUACUCGGACGUGUUCACCGCUUCGCUGUGCCUCAUCCGGGGACACAAACAGCAGGGGCGGGUCAGGCAGCGUUUUCUCCUGGUCACCUUUGACCCCACCGUGGCGCAACUCCGUGAUAGCUUCCCAGAUGUCUUUCAGGGGCUUGAUCUGCUCCAGCUUCCCUCCCAGAUGAAACCUCUUCUGUGUCAGCUUGCUGGGGGAGGGAGAAGAUGGAAGGAAAGGCUAAGGAUUAAGAAAUAUUCUGGAAUUACAUCAUGCAAAGAAACAUGAUGAAAAUGAUCAUCCAGAAUGGGACUGAAAUGUACAGUAAUAGUGUAUAGAUGUAUAGUGUAUAGAUUGGAUGCAUUGCUGUCUCAGUACUACAAAGUAAUUGGGAAACAUUGAUAAAUUAUUGUAUUGUAAUACAAAGUAUUGUACUUUGUAUCAUUGUAUUGAUGGAAAUGCCUUUUUUAAAUGGUAAAUAGGGGGGGUUAGCACUAAAAGACACAAGGAGAAAAACUGCAAUAUUGAUAUUAACACUGUAAAUAUAUCAAACUGUAGUAGUAGUAUUGGUAUUAAGACAAUAAAUACACUUAAUGAA